AUGAAUGGCAUCAAAUACCGUGGGCAUUCUAACCUCCUGAAACAGUCAGAACACAAGCUUAUUGUUCCCAAACGUAACCACUACUUCCUCAAGAAAUUUGGAAAUGACCAUUGCUUAUAUGCACGCAUGACCCGCUUCAUGACCGGACACUUUCCCCAUGGAGAAUUCCAGAAUAAAAUGAAUCUUGAAGGUGGGCGAACAUGCCUGUGCACAAAUACCUACGAGACACAAGACCACAUCCUAUAUGAAUGCCCAUAUUGGAUAAGAACUGACAAAAUCAGACCACCCAAACGUGCACCUGACCAAACCCGCCUAGAGCUUAUCUCCGCAGGAAAACAGCUUGAACUGCAGAACAAAGAACAAGUAGUCACAAUUGAUGAAAUACACAACUUCCUGCUACUUACCCCUCUCGUCAGGACAUUCAAGUGGCAGGAUCUGAUGGAACACAUGCAAUUGGAUGUGUUCCCACUACGUGACAAUGAUAAUCCUGACUAUGAGUCUCAUAUCAUCAACAUCGUGUUCGAUGCACUGGUGCUACAGCGUCCUACGCUUUACACUGAAUACAAGCGCGCCAUGCGCAGAAACAAAUCUCCAGCACCAUUCCUUCAAUGGCUGAAUGCCAAAUCACAGUGGCCCAUUAGACAUAUAUGGAUGAAAUACCAUCAGCAUCACCCCAAUGACCAAUGGCUGUUCCAGGAGGUUGUACCAGACUGGCUGCGGUCAGUCUUUGUUGUGGCCCAUGUUCCUCUCAAGAUGGAGGUCGUGUGGCAGAGCGAUGAUAGUAGGGAAUCAGUGAAACUCAUCCAGGUAGAUGACUCAAUUGCAUCUGACCCUGCAGAAUCCCCUGCAUCUAGUCUUCAUUUGCUGUCAUCUGAAUCUGAUUGGGAGGAGGCCGCCUCGACUCGGUACACUAUGCAAUAUAUUGAAGUAUGGCCACACUCACCGUCACACAGUGAGCACUGA